AUGAAGCUCGCCACCCUCCCCGUCGCCGUCCGCCAUGUAUCCGUCUUGUCAGGGUCUAAAUCUUUAGGCGCUCUAGCGUCUCGGCACUACUCGACCCAAACCUCCUCAAGCAAAUCGGCAAAUCCGAGCUCCAAGCGACGUGCCGUGACACCAUUCAACGAUGAUGGCCGGGUCAACUGGACCGACCUUUCCCGCGGUGAAAAGGCCGCGAGGGCGACUCAGCAGACAUUUAACUUUGGGUUCAUUCUCGCAGGACUCGGCCUCACUGGCGCUGUAGUCUACCUGUUAUUCACCGAGGUUUUCUCACCGGAUAGCCGGGUUGCCAACUUCAGUCGGGCCGUCGACUUGAUCAAGAAAGACACAGCUUGCCAGGCCGCGCUAGGUGACCCGAAGAAGAUUCUCGCGCACGGUGAAGAAACCUACAGCCGGUGGAAGCGCUCUCGUCCGAUCGCCUCCACAAUCUCCCAGGAUCGAUUUGGAGUUGAGCACCUGAAGAUGCACUUCUACCUCCAAGGGCCUCUCAACAGUGGCAUCGCACACCUUCAUAUGACGCGGCACCCCAACCACGGCGAUGGUGACUUUGAGUACAAGUACCUCUUCGUGGAUGUCAGGGGCCACCAGAGGAUUUAUCUAAAGAAUGCAGACGAUGACAACCCCUUUGGAAGUGAGGCAUAA